AGUCAGCUGAGAAGUCAUGUGAGCGAAGCUGCAGGCUUUCUGGGCCACUUAGGUCCGCUCCGCGGUUCAAGAUGCGCAACGGGAAGGGCACUGUGCGGGCACCGGUACUCCAGUUCACCAACUGCCGUAUCCUGCGGGGUCGGAGGCUGCUCAGGGAGGAUCUGUGGGUGCGGGAGGGCCACAUUGUGGACCCAGAGAAGCUGUUCUUUGAGGAGCGGCUCGUGGCCGACCAGCAGCGGGACUGCGGAGGCUGCAUCCUGGCGCCUGGCUUCAUUGAUGUGCAGAUCAAUGGUGGAUUUGGCGUUGACUUUUCUCAGGCCACAGAGGACGUGAGUUCGGGAGUGGCUCUGGUGGCCCAGAGGAUCCUAUCGCAUGGAGUCACCUCCUUCUGUCCCACCUUAGUCACCUCGCCACCUGAGGUUUAUCACAAGGUCCUUCCUCAGAUCCCAGUGAAGAGUGGUGGUCCCCAUGGGGCAGGGGUCCUCGGGGUGCACCUGGAGGGCCCAUUUAUCAGCCGGGAGAAGCGAGGUGCACACCCUGAGGCCCACUUGCGCUCUUACGAGGCCAAUGCCUUCCAUGAUGUUCUGGCCACCUACGGGUCCCUGGACAACGUUCGCAUCGUGACGCUGGCUCCUGAGCUCGGCCGCAGCCAUGAGGUGAUCCAGGCACUGACGGCCCGAGGCAUCUGUGUGUCCCUAGGGCACUCGGUGGCCAACCUGAGGGUCGCAGAGGAAGCCGUGCAGAGUGGCGCCACCUUCAUCACCCAUCUCUUCAAUGCCAUGCUGCCUUUCCACCACCGUGACCCGGGUAUUGUGGGCCUCCUGACCAGUGACCGGCUGCCUCCAGGUCGCCACAUCUUCUACGGGAUGAUCUCCGACGGCACGCACACCAACCCUGCUGCCCUGCGCAUUGCCCACCGGGCCCACCCCCAGGGGAUGGUGCUGGUCACUGACGCUGUCCCUGCCUUGGGCUUGGGCAAUGGCCGUCACACGCUGGGGCAGCAGGAGGUGGAGGUAGAUGGGCUGACGGCCUAUGUGGCAGGCACGAAGACACUGAGCGGCAGCAUAGCCCCGAUGGACGUCUGUGUUCGGCAUUUCCUGCAGGCCACAGGCUGCAGUGUGGAGUCCGCCCUGGAGGCUGCGUCACUGCACCCUGCCCAGCUGCUAGGACUGGAGAAGCACAAGGGAACCCUGGACUUCGGGGCCGAUGCAGACUUUGUGAUGCUUGACGACUCCCUCCACGUCCGGGCCACCUACAUCUCGGGCGAGUUGGUGUGGCAGGCAGAGGAGGCCCGGCAGUAGCCAAGGACUACAGUUGGAAAGGACACCCAGCCCCAUCUGGACACUGUCAGUGCUGGGCCAUCUAGGAGCUGGUCUCCGAGGAGUGAGUAGGAACCCUGCCUCAGGUGGAUGGCCUUGGCCCUGGAGGCAGCUGGCUUGGAUAAACCGUGUACCCCACUGGA